AUGUGCGACAUCAAACUGACCGUCCUGGGCAGCCCCGGAGCUGGGAAAUCCGCUCUCAUUGUUCGCUUCCUCACUGGACGGUACAUCAGUGAAUACGCCUCAGACUCUGAAUGUGUGUACACCAAACAGAUGACUGUGGACGGGAGGAUGACCAGCCUGGAGAUACAUGACCCUUGCCCACAGGUGAGUAAAACGAAGCUGCCGAUGAGCGAGGAACUUGGUCGGGCCGAUGGUUUCCUGGUUGUGUAUGACAUCAGCCGACUGUCGUCCUUCGUCUUCGCCAAGAAUCUGAUCUGCAACCUGCGCGAGGCCAACGUCAGGAUGUGUAGGAGAGACACGGAGGCGGGGCUCUUCCUAAUCGGCAACAAGCAGGACCUGUGCCACAUGCGAGAGGUGUCAUGGGAGGAGGGUCAGAAGGCAGCCUUAGAGCAACGCUGUCACUAUUAUGAACUCUCUGCAGCUGAACAAUGCCAAGAGGUCAACGCCAUGUUUACUGCCAUUGUCAGAACUAUCUUCUUGCAGAACAAGAUGAAGGACAAGAGGAGGCCAAGCGGCUCGAUGGCCAAACUGAUCAGCAAUGUAUUUGGGAAGAGGCGGAAAUCCGUCUGA